UUGCACAGGAUAGAAUAAUAGCCCAAUAUUGAAUAAUAAUCAUACGUUUUUUGUAGUUUCAAUGGCGGUCUCAAUAGGGAAGAUCUCGUUUGAAUUUCGUACAGUAAUCAAAACGAUCAGUUUCUCUUAUUCAUGAAUUUCGCUCAAAAUAAGUUGGUAGAAAAUUCGGCAGGAUCGUCUUCGAAUUUAAACAGCUAGGACUGUUGCCACGCAGUAAGUGGCGUUAAAUAGAUCUCGAAGGCUGUGAGUUUUUUGUCAAGGUGGAGGCACUGGCGGAAUCAGCGAUGGUAUGGUGGGGGGAACUGGAGAAGGAAAUCAGCUGUGAGAAAUUUCCCCUCAAUUGGUGAGUCGCGCUCGUGUUAGGCAGGUCGUCCGCGAGGGUAGCGCCAUUCGAUAAAAACCGUAUUCAAUUUUGCGAACUAAUCGCAGUCCGUGCCAUUCCGCACUGAGAAAUGGAAGUUGCCGAGACACUUUUAAACAGUUCAAGUGAGAACACGUUGCCGUAUACCGCGAGUGACGUUAUGACAGCUGUGCUUAGGUUAAUAUUUUAACCUGUUAUGAAAUUUCAUAAAAAUACUAACAACCGUUUGCGAAUGGGGAACUUUGCUUAGACCAUUGACGUGGCUGCUGCAGGCGUGUGUGCGGUUUUAUUCUAUAAUUAAAAUCGAGGUGUGACAUAAUAAAAACAAAUAUGUGGUGCCUAGUUUGUCAACCCAAUUCCGUCAUCCUGGAAGUUCAAGUAGACCCGAAAGCCAUUGGACAGGAAUGCUUGGAGAAGGUAAGAGAGCUGCUUCGUCCCUGUACAGUAAUUAUUCUCAACUAUAAAAGGGUCUGCGACUGUCUUGGCAUCAGUAAAGAGUGCGACUACUUUGGUCUGAAACAUCAAAGUGCCAAGGGCGAGGAGCUUUGGUUGAACCUGAGGAACCCGAUCGAACGUCAAACCGGAGGUGGGGUCGCUCAUCUCAGGUUUGCUCUUCGGGUCAAAUUCUGGGUACCUCCGCACCUGUUGCUGCAGGAAGCGACGAGACAUCAGUUCUACCUCCACUCUCGACUAGAAUUGGUCGAGGGCCGUCUAAAGGUGUCGGACUGGACAUCGGCUGCAUGGCUCGUCGCGUUGAUAGCCCAAGCAGAAGGCGGAGAUUAUGAUGCUCUUAAACCACCACACGCCAUAUACUCACAAUGCUGUCAGAUCCAGCCCACCGAACCCUCAGACCCCAAACCGCAAGACUUUUUGCAUCAAAUCGUACAGCAGCACAAAGAUAUUAAGGGCAUGAAGCCGUCAGCCGCAGAGUACUGGCUUCUGAAAGAGGUCUCAAACUUGGAUACAUUUGGACAAGAGAUGUUCCACAGCAAAUUUGCAUACACUGGUGUUUCCAUGAUCGGCGUUGGACCCCAUGGUAUUACGGUUUACCGCGGUCCAGAGGAAGCUACACAAAACAUCCCAUACACUGCAAUUCAGAGUGCCAUGUCUCAGCGCCGUAUGUUUCAUCUAGUUUAUUUGUCUCUGGACGGUGUGGAAACCUCUUUGAAUUUCAAAUUGGACUCGAGCCAAUCGGCAAGUGGAUUGUACAGGGCAAUCACCGAGAAACAUGCCUUCUAUAGCUGCGAGACAGUGCGGAGCGCUGUUACUGCUCAGUUCAUUCGAGACUUGAAAGGAACAAUUAUUUCCAUAUUCAAUGAGGACUCUACUCUGGGUAAAAAGUAUGUUUUCGACAUCCGCAGAACGUGCAGGGAGGUGUAUGACAAUGCUCGUAGAGCUUUAUAUUGUGAAGCAGCAAAUAUCAGUCUACCUGAGGAAAAUGAAAUUAUCGACAGGCAUGACUGUGAAGAUUGCGCAAACCCAAAAUGCAAGGAGUCACGAGAAUGUCUGGCAAGACUUUUAGAUGCGAUGCUGUGCCGGAUUUGUAUGGAUCGCAGUUUGGACACUGCGUUAUUUCCUUGUGGUCAUGCAGUGGCCUGUUUGGAUUGCGCUAGACGUUGCGCUCGUUGCCCACUUUGUAGAGCGGACAUUGAUCACUGUCGUACAAUCUAUCUUCCAAUCGAACUGACACACGUUGAUAAACACAAUUUUAAAAUGUCCUCAGAAGUAGUCGGAUCAAAAUUCAAUGUAAAAUCUUCCACCGAAGAAAGAAUCAGCGAGAGAAUUAUCGUAAACGAUGACAACAUCAACUAUAAUACGAAUAUUUGAGAACGCCGAGCAAGGCGGAGAUUCAGCGUCUUUCAAAAACUUUUUCGAAUAUUCACAUGUAGAAUCGAGAGGAUAUACUGAGAGUGAAGGGUUUCGUUCAACGCCUCAAUCAAUAAAAUGUGUUGUUCCUCUUCAAAUUCCGGAUACGUGAUACAAUUUGCCCGGAAAUAAGUACGAUGUGUAUCAGAAUGUGUGAAUUUUUUCACCAAAGGAUUAUUGGCAAUUCGUUUUAAUCUUUAUGUGUCAUCAGGAAUAGCAUUGCAAUGUAAUCAGAAGGUCGAAACAUUUCACCUCUAGACCAUUGCCCAUGGUGUUCAUCUCACAAUUUUUACCCUGGAAAAUCACAGUAGACGUUACAGUCUAAAUACCAGCAAUUGGUGUUUGACAAGAGUAUUAAAACCUGUCAACUUAAAAGGUUUGUCUUCUGUAGCAUCAGAUCUAAAUCGAAUUUGUACAAACCUAUACCUAUAUCCAAUGACAAUAUUUUACUUUUAUCACAUAGUUUUCCAAUUUUAGCUACUACAUCGACUCAAUAUAAUGUUUGAAUUUUAUGUAUUGAGUUCCCCGGAAAUUCGAUAGGGAGAUCGACAAAAGGGCAUUGGAUUUUGUCUCUUACUUUUCAUUUUCAUUUAUCUUUAUUUUCUUUCCGUUCAAGGAAUUUAUCCUAAGAAAUAUUCGUUUAUUUAUUUUACUAUUAUUACAUUUUUUUUUCAUUGUGGAGUAAGAAGCAAGGCUGCUCAAGGUAAGUUCGUAGGCUUUAGAGUCCAAGCAUUAUUUGAUAACACUGAUCUGCUUUUGAAAUGAAACUCAAGUCGUGUUAAAUACCAAAGAGGAGUUUGCCACUUUACGUUGAAACUUAUAAAUAAUAUGAAAUCUAUGAAAUCAGAAAAAAUUUUAUUGCCAUGAUUAGUUAGCCAUUAGAGUCCAAGUAUUGGAUAGACAGAGGAGUUCCUCCAUCCAGUUCAGUGUUUAAUUCAUAUUCGCAAAGACGACUGAACACUAAACAUAGUUUGAAUUUAUGAACUAUUAAUUAAACUUGAUAGUUCAAGUCGUAGGUCAAAAGUUAAAAAUGAAUACUUCAGUUUGUGAAAGUGUCAUCAUAUCACGCAUGGACUCGAGAAAUAAUUUAAUCCAGUUGGCUGGUAAAAGUGCUGUGAACAAAGAGGAUGUUUGAUGAAAAAAGUUCACAAAAUCAUACUUAACGAACUUAUGGUAAUUUUAAAAGUCAUAUAACUAAGAUAUCAGUGAUAGAGAUAUGGCAAGGAAAAGAAAAAAAAAAUUAAAUUAGUAAAGAAAAAAAUGAGUAAAGUAAAAAUCAUAUAAAAAUUGCAUAGUUAUUAAGGGAUUUUUAUUUUCAAGUGAUAAAUGGACCAAUGUUUUUAUUGAUUACAAAUUACAAUACAAUUUAUAUCAGUUCCCAUAAAAGGGUAUUUCUUAUAAUUUUCAUUUAUUCAUUCUGUUUUAUUCUCUAUUAUCUUCCUUUAUUUCAUUGAGCUGAACCAGACGUGACCCUAGGGGUACCGAGGUCAACAAUUUUAUCAGAGGCACUGACCCUUGGUGUAAAUUAGUGUAUAGCAUUCGUAUAUGUACACAUAUUAAUCGUAAUACACGAGCUUACGGGUUACAGAGCCAUCUCGUUGAUAUCUUUAUUUAUACAACACGUUUAUUAAGGGAAAAAGUAUGAAUAAUCUCUCAAGAUUAUUAUUAAACUCUUGGACAUAGUAUUCAAGUUCUAAAAUUACUGUCGACUUUGUUAUGAUUUCAGCUAGUUUUCAGAUUGGUACAGGUCAUUUUUUAUUCAAUCUCAUUUAUUGGCGAUCCCUAUAUCGCCCAAUAAUCUGCUGAUGUGUUUACAGCAAUAGAUAGUUCUACUUAUAUAAAUAUAACUCCAAAUAAUAAAAAACCGCAUUCAUAGGUAAUGACUCCGAACUACACAGAUCUGGUCGUUUAAUGUCAUCGAAUUACAUGAUUAUAUUAAAUACAAUUAGUAUACCAGCGAGAAAUAUUGACAGAUGGUUGAAAUUCGUAUUCUCGUAAAAAAAAAAAAUCUUCAAAUUUCAUUUCUCUACCCCAUUUCAUAGUAAUUCUGUCAAGUGAACAUCUAUGAAACAUCCCGUACACAAGCAGCAUACGUUAAAACCAUAAUAUCUGUUUUAUGUGCAUAAAAAAAGUAGCGAGAUAACCCUGGUGAAGAUCAAACGAACAAAAGUCAUAGGUUCACCAAAUGUCAAAUCCGAUUUAUACCAGGCUGGUCCAUGAUUGAUAAUCCUAAGAGAAAGACAUAAUAAAAACUACAAUACAUUAAUUCAAUAAUUAUCCAUGUUACAACUACGUAGAAACACGCUGUUGAAUAAGAUGUGAAAUUUUUGUAGCACGUAGAUCUAGCCCAGCUCUGCGAUUUGACGGAAUAAUUCUGUUAUCAACGUCGAUCUCGAUCUGGGGAUUCGAAAUAGAUUAGCAUAAAUUGAUAUGGAAAUCAUGUUUUGUAUGUCAAAUUUAUGGGACUUUUUGUGAAACUUUGCGACACCCUUUGCCUGCACUGUUUACAACAAUAGCUUCAUCUAGUGAUACCAUACAUAUAACUAAAAACUUAUCAAUUUUGUUUCAUCUUCUAACGAAAAAUCAUCGUGUCAUGGAAUUAGAAUAAGAUUUGUGCCGAUAUCAAAUGAACGAUUUGUAAUAUAUGUGUGUGCGUGCGAAUGAUCGAGAGAUAGAGAGAGAAGAAAGAGAGACGAGGCAAUUAUUAUAGUCAUACAUCAAUGCAAUGUACACUUAGUCUAUAAUUAUACCUGUAAGUUUAAGGCAUAAUAAUAGUGUUAAAAACAUUUAAUAUUCGUUGGUAAUAACACGCAAUCAAAAAUGAAAUUUCAAACUAACGUUUUAAGUUUCUUUUAAGGAAAAUAAUUAAAUAAUAGAAAUAUAAGCAAUUUUGCAUGUCGAAGCAGUAACAAAUACAUAAGUAUCAACUAUCAUAUAAUUUCAAUUUGCAACCUUAGCAGGAUAUUUCAAUGCAAAUUGGUUUUACUUCAUUGUCGUUCAAUAUGAAAAGUAUACAGUGUGUAAAAUUUCAGCUAUGUCACAAAUGGUCGUAACUAACGUAGUAUAUUAAUAUCUGAAUUCACUUUUUUUCUGGUGUAAUAAGUUGUCUGCAUAAUUUUAUCGGUACUUCAAUUAUCAGAUAACUUAGAAAAUGCCCAAAAAGUUUAAAGUCUUGGUACAGAGGUGAUUAAGUAAGAAGCUCGAUGGGAUUUGUUAAUACUUAUUUCUUCUACAGCAUUGAACUAGAAUCGCGAACCCCCCGAAAAUAUGUUUGUACUUCUACUGUGUGUCUAUUCAACAAUGAUACUACGUAUAAUUAAAUAUUAAAUUCUUGUGAUUAUCUCUGUAUAGAAUAUAUAUAUAUCGGAAAAUGCAAAAACGAAAAAAAAAUGUAGUGUAUAUCUCUGUACGAUCGUGGUAGAAACGGAGAGUCAUCAGGAUCAUUAUUUGCAAAGAGUAUUUUUAAAGUAUUUUCAAUUAUUUUUUAGUAUAACGAUAUAAAAUGAUAUGCCACUUUGAUGGUGAUACAUAAAUGGAAACACCUUAUACGGCAUAAUACCGUGUACUAUGUCUUAAGAUGAUGAUUAAAUACCAAUAUCAUUGACAA